AUGCAGUCAGCCUUGGCUUGGGCAAGAGCAUCCGCAGUGUGCCUGAACUAUAAUUGCAUGUUAAUUCUAUUGCCCGUCAGUCGAAAUUUCAUUUCAUUUUUGAGAGGGACAGUCUUUUGUUGCAAAGGACCAUGGAAGAGACAGUUAGACAAAAGCCUCAAGUUCCACAAACUGGUGGCCUAUGCAAUAGCUAUUAAUGCAACUAUCCACAUUGUGGCACAUGUGAUCAAUAUGGAACGCUAUCACGCUAGCCAAUCCAGAGAGGCCGGAGAGCUGCCAAACAAGCUUUCUUACCUUGGCAACAACCCAAAUGAAAGCUACUUGAACCCAAUCAGGAAAUAUGACACAAACAUAAUUACUGAAUUCCUAACCACAAUAGCUGGUGUAACUGGACUGGUGAUCUCUGUGGUUUUAAUUUUGAUCAUAACCUCGUCAGCUGAGAUCAUUAGAGAGGCCUCUUAUGAAUUAUUCUGGUAUAUACACCAUAUGUUUGUCAUCUUCUUCAUUUUUUUAGUUAUCCAUGGAACAGGACAAAUUGUCCGAAGUCAGACACUGGAGAGUUUGAUGAUGCACAAUGUCACCUACUGUAAAGAUCAUUACACUGAAUGGAAAGAAACUACUCAGUGCCCCUUGCCACAGUUUUCUGGCAAUAAACCUUCGGCUUGGAAAUGGGUUUUAGGCCCCAUGGUCUUGUAUAUGUGUGAAAGGAUAAUUAGGUUCUGGCGAUUUCAACAGAAAGUUGUCAUUACUAAGGUGGUAGCUCAUCCGUCUGAAGUCCUGGAACUUCAAAUGAAAAAGCGUGGUUUUAAAAUGGAGCCUGGACAGUACAUCUUUUUGCAGUGUCCUUCCAUUUCCCAUUUGGAAUGGCAUCCUUUCACCCUCACCUCAGCCCCUGAGGAAGAUUUUUUUAGUAUACAUAUACGUGUGGCAGGUGAUUGGACAGAAGCUUUGUUUAAGGUUUUUGGAGCAGAAGAAACAUCAUUUAAAGAGCCCUGGAUGCUCCCAAGACUGUCAGUGGAUGGACCAUUUGGAGCUGCUGUUACAAAUGUUUUUCACUAUCAAGUCAGUGUGUGCAUUGCUGCUGGAAUAGGAGUCACCCCUUUUGCCUCAGUUUUGAAAUCUAUAUAUUAUCAAAGUUGUGCUCCACAUACAGAGCUGAAACUGAACAAGGUUUAUUUCUACUGGAUUUGCAGAGUUCCAUGUGCCUUUGAGUGGUUUGCUGAUCUUUUGUUUUUGCUGGAAGCUCAGAUGGCUGAGAAGGGGAAAACCAAUUUUCUGAGUUAUCAUAUAUUUCUUACUGGAUGGGAUGAAAAUCAGGCUGCCCACAUAGCUUUACACUGGGAUGAAAAUGUUGAUGCAAUUACUGGUCUAAAGCAGAAGACAUUCUAUGGAAGACCUAACUGGAACAAUGAGUUCAGACAACUAGCUUACAACCACCCCAGCAGUAAUAUUGGCGUAUUCUUCUGUGGACCCAAAGCUCUCUCCAAGACUCUUCAAAAGAUGUGUGUCUUAUAUUCAUCAGUUGACCCUAAAGGUGUUCAUUUUAAUUACAACAAAGAAAACUCCUAAGUCAUAUUUCAAAAUUUGUCAUUGUAUGCCUCUACACUGAUAACUUGAUAUUGAUAUGAUAUUUACAUGAUUACAUUGAAUAUGUUUUUAAUAAUGUGUAUGUCUUCCUCUAAUGGAGACCAUCUCUGCAACUUUUUAUCUUGUGUGAUUCUUGUCCAUGACUUCCCAUGCAUCUCCACCCAACAUACUAGAGACCUUACUCUUAUUCUUUUAGCACAGUUGCUUUUAAUUGUCCCCACAUAAUUGAUCUACCUCCUUCAUGGCUACAUAUGUUCUUUUCUAUAUUAAAUGACUUCCAACAAAACACCAACCCUAGAAGUUUUCAGGAUAUAUAUAUUCAAGGUACUCUUAGCAUUGUCUAUUUGGUUACUAAUAAUUUUGACUCUUUUCAGAUAAUAUUGUUCCAAGUACCAAAUUCAUAGCUAGAUAGAAUCACAAAAACAAUUAUUAUGAGUGAAAGGAAUAUUUGUAUCAGCAAGCAGUUUAAAAGAAUCUCCACUUCCAACUCAAAUCUUUACCCACCUACUUGGUGCAAGAUAGAUAUUGCUGAACCAACUCAACUGCCCAUUUUGCUGCAAAGUACAUCCACUUUGUUUCUAUGCUAUGGAUGGUUGGACCAAUAUCUUUCAUAUAAUUAUUAACUCCAAUAAAAAAGACUUUA